GGAACACUUGUUGAUUGCACUGCAAAUUUGAUGGAGCCGUGGUUCUCCAUUUGAAAUAAGAUUCUUCAUGAUAAAUUAUGAUCUUCAUAGACGCAUUGGCUGGCGAUAAUCAAGCAAGUAUUAAUUUUCUCGGACAUUGAGGUUGAAAGUAUUCGUCCAUGUUCAAGAAGCAGCCACUCAGUAUGUAUCAGUCUUCGUAUCGUUCGUUUUGCUCUUGUCCACACCCAAGCUGCCUAGAGGAGCGGGACAGUGGCCAUGGGUGCCAAGUACCUCUUUCGUGCCAAAACUCAAGCGAAUCUCACCUGCGAUUACAAGCCAGUUCACUACAGCUACAGAUGGAACGGGACUCAGGCGUUUACUCCAAAGCAGAUCCCUCGGCCUUCAUUCCAUCUGCAUUCGGCAUUAUUUCGAGACCCUCUCGAUUUUAUGUUCCCUCGGCUCACUGUAAUCUCUCCAGCCAACAGAUAAUUUUUCCAUUCAGUCAAACAUCUCACAGCAGACAGCAUGGUAACCUGGUUAUUGGACUAAGAGACAAACCGGAGAUAAAGAAGCGUCGUAAACGAACCAUUUUCACUUCAGAUCAGUUAAACCGGCUAGAAUCAGCUUUUGAUCGUCAGCAGUAUCUUGUCGGUACAGAGAGAGAGCGUCUUGCCAGGGAGUUAAAUCUCUCCCAGACUCAGGUCAAGAUUUGGUUCCAGAACAGAAGAAUUAAAUGGAGGAAGGAACAUUUGUAUGCUGGACAUGAAGAUGGUCAAGGGGAAAAUAACAUUAUGAGCCAAAGACUCUAGUUCCUUUUUGAUCAGUUUCGUUUCACAACCAGCAACUUGUUCAAGAUUAGAAUGGUUGCCAGUGAAUCGUGAUCUGAAGUAUAAAAUUACAAACUCUUGUACAUGAUUCUUGUAGACUGAGUAGCCUUUUAGUUAAAAUAAGUUAACCUGAUAACUUGUGCAUAUAUUGAAUUACCGUCUAAAU